ACACCCACAACACAUACUGAAGAAACACUGACCUUAACAACUCUGGAAACUUCAACGAUCAAUGACCCGAACGUGUGGCUGCAAAACAGAAACACCGUUAGGACUCGUUACAGGAAUGGGGUUAUUCCUGUAACCACCCUCCGGCGUGAGAAUAAGUAUUCGUUCUUUUGGAGAAGUAUAUGAAGGGAAAAGUGUAUGGGAAUUAGAUGAUCGUACCUUACGUAUUUGUCUUUAUUUAUAGGUUCUCAAUUAGGGUUUCCCUUAUUUUAGGAUGUGCUCCGAUAAGGUGGAGAUUUACAUGAUCUUCCCGAAAAGUGGGAGAUUUAGUUAUGCACCUUCCUUAUAGAUAUGGAAGGUUCUAGAAUAAUUCUGGGUAUUUAUGUAAAUAUAAAAGGUUGUAACCGGGUCGGGUGAGCGACGCGGGUCACACCUCGUCAUGUCCCCCCAGUCCGAGCUCAUGGAGGGAGUCCAUUAGGUCGGACUAAGAGAAAAAGAAAAAGGGGAAACUCGUAAUGAUUUGUGUGACGACCUUUGGAAAUGACGGCGAAAAUAGCGGAUGUGACAGUUGGGUCAUCUCGUCAAUGACAGCUGUCUUUUCCCGUGAUUGACACGUGCGUCGAUUCGUACACAUUUUUGAAUUUGAAAAGUUUUCGUAUCUUAUAAAAGACGAUGCCUUAAACGGAUGUUCAAGAAAUCACCCCCAAAUUACUCUAUCACCAUCUUCUCUAUUCAAUGGCUUCAAAAACGACCGAAUCCUCUUCCGCCGCUUCCAUGGACGUACUACUGUGCAAAUGGGGCGUGAUGUCUUUCAACAAUUUGGUCCAUGAUUAUGGCAUUAGGGCUGAAUGGAAUCCUGUGUUGCCGUCAAAAACCGACACCGCCUUUCCCCUGAAAGCAGGUAAAAUCACUUUGUUUAGUGAUUUUUUCAAGUUUUGCAACUUCCGGUUACCCAUCACCAAAUUUUUGAAAUUGGUGCUUGAUUUCUACCGCAUCCACAUUUCUCAAAUACAUCCUCUUGGCCUUGUGAAACUUCGACAAUUUGAGUAUGCCUGCGUAGCUCUUGGUCACAUCCCAGAACUGAUCGUCUUUAGGGCUUUCUUCGUACUUGUGUGGAAAUCCCCUUUCUUUACCUUUGAUCGGCGGGAUACCGAAGUAUCAUGUCUGAGGGAGAUCCCUACAAGUUCUAGAGACAAGGAUUGGAAGAAAAAAUUCUUCUACCUGGAUGCCAGUGCUAUUCCCGGGGAAAUGCAUUGGCAAGAUAAAGGACCGAAGGAUAAAGUGAAGGAUGAUGCUCCCCCUGCAGAUUCGUACGCGUCAAAUGCGCUGUAUGUAAAACUGUGUGGCCGCCCCUUUGAGUGCACUAUUAUUCCAGAAGGGGCGCUAGUGAUGGCCGGUAUGAGCCUGUUAUGGCCGGAUAUAAGGCGUUAUCCCUCAUUCCAACGGGAAGAUGGAGGGGAGUGGGGGAUGUUUGACUUUGUUGAUCCACCACGUCACCUGGCGUUGAAACCCAACGACCGGAGACUUGAUGAAGGGGAACCAGAUGUGUUGAAAGUGCAUCUGGAACAAUUUCUUCUACCGGCGAUGCCAACGGAUCCCUUGGAGUAUAUCGCUCCCUUGUCGGGUAUGGCGGCCGCUACUUCAGCAUCAUCAGAGAAGAAACCUAUUCGGCUAAAGCUGUCUGGGAGAAAACCUGCAGCAACCACUGUCAGCGUGCCCGUGAUGGAAGAGACGCCCAACGCGAGUCGUGAAGUUUCCUUAGCUUCCGACCUGACCAGUCCUGGCCGUGCUUCGAAAAAGAGGAAAAUCUUUGUGGCACCUACGCUGAGCGCGUUUCAGGCGGUGCAAGCCGCAUGUGCAAUUUCACCAGGUACCUUUGCGGGAAUAUCAUCCGGGGGUGUGCCAUCCACUGUUGUUUCGACUAUGGCGGCGUCUUGUACUGGUAGUACCAGCAUGCCUACGAGUCCACAAGUUUCAGCGUCAUUCGCUCCCGCUGUGAGCUGCAUCAUGCCCAUUCCUAGUUCUACGGUAUCCAUAGCCGUAACUUCCGAGCCGCUGCCCUCGCUUCGAUCAGGUGGUUUUGACACAACCCUUCCUGAAUCGCCCAAGGACAUGUUUGCUGGUUUUGACACCAAUGCUGCUGCCGCGUCGACCGCGCAUGAGGCAACUAGCGUGGGUGGAGGCGAUAAUCGUGCGUCGAGCAGCGGCAUUGCUGACGAUGGUGCCCGCUUGAUUGAUGAUUUGUUUAUACCUACCGUUUGUUGGGAUCCUCAUGCCCAGGAUAAACGUUACCAGCCUCAAUGGAAGAUUGCUGAAUCUUCCCGACUUAUCUUUCCUCCAGUUGUCCAACAUUGGGUUGAGAGGGCGUACCCCCCCGCUGAAGCGGCGUAUGUUGAGGGGUUAAACAAUGAGGAUUUGAUGAAUUCGUCUAUAUCAGAUUCUGUGACCCUACCUCGCCGGUUGGUAGAGAUACGGCGCCGGUGGGUGCGUGAUAACACCCAACUUCAUGAGGCCCGGGUCAUUAUCCAAGAACUGAGGGAUGACAAGCAUCGCCUCGAAAGUCAACUGCAGACCGCUGGGUUGAAAGAGGCCCGAUUUCUGUCAGAGAAGAAUAAGGCCGAGGAGGAUUUGCGGAGGGUAACUGAACAUCUCGCUGAGGAAAGGAUCUUAUGGGCCCGCGAUAUGGCGGAAAAAGAUAGGGUUUUGGCUCAAGCGAAAAAUGUACAAGAGGAGUUGGAACGCAAGGCUGUGGCAGAGGCUCAGAAGGUUCAGGAGCGGUACCAGGAUUUGACAACCGAAGUAGAGACCUGUCAUACCAAGAUCCGACUGAUGCAGGGAGAGUUGGAGGAGCGUGAGGCAAAAUUCAAGGAGAUGCAAGAUCAUUGUGAUUCCCUUGUCACCCAAAACAAUAAGCUUGCUGCAUCGUCGUCUUCAAAGUUAAGGGAGGUGGAGGACGCGCUGGCACAAUCCCAUGCAGAGAUCGAUGAUUUGACCAACCAGCUAGCGGCUAUGCGGGGAGACAGGAAUUGGUUGAUAACUAAUGGGCUAGUGGGGGCGUUCGAAUUUCUGCGUGAGUCGUCCCACUUUACUAGCCUGAUUGACCGUCUUUCCGCCGCUGCCUACCAAGCUGGUCAUCAUGAUGGUGUACUUAAGGGCUACAUGGACUGCCAGCAAGCGGAAAGAGUCCCGCCGGACUUCCAAACCCUCAAAAAUAAGUUACAGGAUGAUAUGGCGAAGGCUCUUGAAGCUGCGUACACCGAACCUCUACCUUGCUAUGGCGAUCUGAUGGAUAAAGUUAAUGAAGAUGGAAUAGACUCGCUACGUCUGAUGCUGGACCCUGCGGACGAGUCCGAAGAAGACUGA